AAAAAAGUAAUUUGACAGUGACGUCCAAUUUGUUUCGAUCUCUUUCUUUUGCCAUUCCUUGACGAAAGCCGAAAAUAUGGCCACCUCCAAAAAGAAGACCAGGAAGUUAAGAGGACAUGUCAGUCAUGGACAUGGUCGUAUCGGAAAGCAUCGUAAGCAUCCCGGUGGUCGUGGUAACGCUGGAGGCGAACACCAUCACAGAAUCAACAUGGAUAAGUACCACCCUGGAUACUUCGGCAAGCUUGGUAUGAGAAAUUUCCACUUGAGGAAAAACAAAAUCUUCUGUCCUGUAUUAAAUUUGGACAAAUUGUGGACUCUCGUCUCAGAACAGACUAGGCUUAAGUAUGCCAGUGCCACAGAUGGUAAAGUUCCAGUCAUCAACAUUGUCAAGGCUGGUUACUACAAACUGCUUGGCAAAGGCAAACUCCCGAAGCAGCCCGUCAUAGUUAAGGCUAAAUUCUUUUCGAAGACAGCUGAACAGAAGAUCAAGUCUGUGGGUGGAGUCUGCGUGCUUUCCGCGUAAUUUAAGUUUACAAUAAAUUUAAAAAUCUAA